AUGUCGUCGUUCGCCCCCACGGUGCUGAAGUUCGAGGCUUUCCCCGAUAGAAACCUCACGGUCAUCCUCUUCAAAGACGUCACGAACGCGAAGGACGUCCUGGACAAGCUCCUCGCGCGGACGCUCGAGCCCGAGGUGGCGCUCGUGAACCCUAGGCCGAUCCAAUCGCUCUUCGCGCUGCGGCUCGCCGCGCACAAGGCUCUGGCGUCGCGCGAGCGGAACGCGCUGACGACGCGGACGUUACACAGCGAGUUGGUGUACAACCUCUCCGCGUCGAAGCACAUCACGGAAGGUCUCAGGAGGUUCGGCAUGGACGACGCGUCGGACGUCGUGUUGGCGUGCAGGUUCGACGCGUCCGACGCCGACGCGGCGGCGAUGCUCGCGAUGUUUCCCGGCGCCGUCCCGGUGAACGACGUCGAGGACGGGAUGGCCGCGCUCAGGGACGACGCGCUCGUGAAGAAGUACUACAAGCCCGGGGAGUUGGAGUGUAAGGAGGGGAUCGGGAGCGUGGAGGACGCGGUCAUGUCUCGCAUCGGCGCGAGGGACGUGUUGUAG